ACAUUGAACACAUAAUAGUGGAGAGUUAAAUUGUCCAGUCACGUAGUGUAAAAUGAACCCCUUUUACAAAUAUUAAAAUGAGACUGUCAACCGUGUUUUUUUCUUAUUGCUAUAAGCUUAUUCAUAUUUACUUUGAUUUCAAGGCAAGAUCGAUAAAUUAGAUAGUACGUAGUUUUAGGUGAACUAAUAUGCAGUUAAGAUAUGCACACACUUAUCCCUCUGCAACACAUUACUGAAUAUGUACAAAGUUUUGAUUUAUGUUCCGAGGCAUGCCAAAUAACAACAAUUUGGUUUCUGAGUAAUUGUCAAAACUCUUUCUGUUGAGGCUUUGUUUGCAUACAUGUCUAAUCAAUAAAAUAUGCGUCGAAACCUGCAAUAUAAAAUAAUAACAACACACCAACCCAUGUAUGUGCAUAUGUUGUAUGUGGACAUGAAAAAUGGUCUUUGUUCACCGGCAUACGGCAUCACUAUGGAACUCUUCGUUUGACAUUGGCACAACAAAGUUUCGAUAUCACGAACCAUAUUACUUGAAGCUGAGCGUUACAUAGUAGAAAAGGUUAAAAAUGGAAAGUUUCUUUCAAGCUGGAAUUGGAUUCGACAUGAUGGCGAAUCGAAUGGAAGAAAUGAUGAAUAUGUUCGAACCCAUUGGACGCCAUCAUCCAGAGAAACUUUCUGCUCCUUGCUUUCAGAGUGAGCCUAUUAAAAUCCCGGAAGAAUAUGCGAAGGAAGCCCGCUUUCGAGCUGGAUAUGAUGAGGAGAAUGACCCGGUGGAAGUCAGGAAAAUGAUAAAGCAAAAAUUAAAUCAAUCUCAGCACAGCUAUGACGCUUUUGAGGAAAAGCUCGAGAAAGGCAUAUUGGAUUCUCCAAAUCUUAAUCUCCACCAAGUACCACCUUCUGUUUUUGAUAACGACCCUCCAAUCACUAUUAUGUACCUCAAGGAUAAUCAAAUUUGCGAGCUUCCAGAAUUCUUUUUUGACGAACUUCCGUUUCUGACAUGGCUGGAUUUGCGAGAUAAUAAAUUAACAAAUCUUCCAUCACUUAAUUCUCGUCAUGAGUGUCUCAGGGUAUUUUUACUGCAAGGGAAUCGUAUUAGAGCUUUACCAUACACUUUAGCUUUGGCAGUAAACCUGCAAACAAUAGGGAUUACUGGAAAUCCUCUAACAAUUCCACCAGAAAAUGUUCAAAAGCAAGGAUGCAAAAAAAUGAUAGAAUAUUUUCAAGCCCGGAUGCUGAUGCGCAUUCCAUUGGAUGAAUCUGGUGAGUUGGAAUCUGAAGAUGACAAUAAGUUACGAGAGGACUUGAAACAAACUGCAAUGAAAUGUGUUAAGCAGAAAACUACUCCAAGUUUGAUUUUGAGGGGCCAGGAGUCGGUCAGUACAGAUAUUUCAGUGGCAGAAAAGAAGCGCAGAGCAGAUCGUUUAAUUUACACUUGGGAAUUGUGGAAACGAAUUCCGUACGACGGAGUCAGUCGAACAGAUAUGUUUGAAAAAUCACUUGAAGAAGUCCGCAACCAAGUUUUGAAAAGGCUGAAUAUUCAGCAAGAAGCUCUUUUGCAAAAGUGCAAAAAUCAAGAUGUUUUACGAAAAUGGAGGAGCGAGACCAAGUUGAUGCAGAUGAGAAGCAAACCUGAUUUAAAGGUCAAUCUUGCAGAAUCCGCUCCAUUCGGAAAUGAUUUAAAUGAAGUCAAACUUUCCAACUCCAGAUUGCUGAGACCUUUGGAGUAUAAACAAGAGCUCGAAGACUGUUGGGACAAGCUAAAACGAUUUUCAGAAAAUCCUGCCCAGUUAUUGGACACAGAAUUGGCACUGAAAAGACUGAGAGAAGUUGAAGAAAUCCACAAACGCCUUUUGGAAAUGAAAUUGUCGGUUAAGCCUACUCUGCUCUGACGACUGAAUUCGUA